AUGCCAUCCAAAACCCCUGUCCCGUGGGACUUCCCCUCCAAACUCACCGCCACUGUCACCCUCCCCACUCCCCCCAAUGCCACCCCCUCGUCCACUCCCACGCCAAACAUCCUCCUCCUGCUGUACGGCAUCGGUGACACCGCCGCCGGCUUCUCUGCCUUCGGCCGGGCGAUAAACCUCUCCGAAACCACUGUCGUGACCGUCCAAGCCCCCGCCCCGCUCCCCUUCGACCUGGGCGGGUUCCACUGGGGCGACGACGUCGCCUUCGACAGCACCACCGGCGCGCUCGACAUGGACGCCGGCCUGACGCGCAGCACCGCCCUCGCAGACCUCGUGCGGGGCACACUCAUCCGGAAAUGCGGCUAA